AUGUCUCAACCCUCAGCUCCACCCAUAUUGGACUUUUCUCCAUUCUAUGGAGAGAACAGCGACGCAAAAUCUAAUUUGAUCGACGAAGUUCGCAAAUGUUGCCAUUAUAAUGGAUUUUUUCAAAUCACCGGCCAUCGCGUCCCACUGGACUUGCAGCGCCGCGUCAUGAAUUGCUCCAGGCGUUUCUUUGAUCUUCCUCUGGAAGAGAAGUUGAAAGUUGACAAAAAUCUCACCACCUUCAACAGAGGCUAUGAACUCCUCCGAUCGCAAAUGCUGGAAGUAGGCACCGGCCCUGAGCUGAAAGAAGGCCUGUACAUCGGCGAGGAAAUCCCCGAGGAUCACCCCUACUAUUUGGGGAAGAAGUUGAACAGUGGCCCUAACCAAUGGCCACCUACUGUUUCCGACAAGGAAGAAUUUCAAGAAACAACCAUGGAAUAUUACCACGCAGUAUUUGAUCUCGCAAAGGAUGUUCUAGGAGUUCUAGCUCAAACUUUGGGAGUUGACUCUACAUUCUUCGACCCUCUCACCGAGGGAGCUGUCGCGACAAUGAGAUACCUCCAUUACCCAGCUCAGCCACAAGAUACCGACGAUAAAUUGAAUCGUGGAAUUGGAGCGCAUACGGACUUCGGGUGCAUUACUCUCCUGCUGCAGGAUGAGGUCGAUGGUUUGCAAGUGCUAGACGCGCCAUCGGGACAAUGGUUAGACGUCAAGCCCGUUCCCGGGGCAUAUGUGGUAAAUCUGGGCAAUCUUUUCAUGCGAAUGGCGAACGACAAAUAUAAAUCCAACACCCAUCGUGUGAUCAACAAAUCAGGUCGAGAGCGAUACUCGAUUCCGUUCUUUUUCAGUGGAAAUCCAGAUUAUAUCUGCGAGUGCUUGCCUAACUGUCGUGAUGAGGGUGAACCUGCCAAGUACGGUCCGAUUACUGUGCAGGAUAUGGUGACGGCAUCUUACAAGGAGAGUUACGGCCGUGCGGAGGAAUUCAAGAAAGGGUUGGAUUCAAAGAAGGCGGAUAUCAUUCAUGUACUUACGACGGUCGGUGCUUAA